CACAGGAACUGUGUUUCCUUGGUGUCCAUGCAGAUCCGGGAGCUUGUGCAACUAAAAUAUUUUCCUUCAGUUCUUAGAAACCAGAGAGUUGACAAGGUAACAACUCCUCCAUACUAGCUCUGUGGAGUGUAAACUUAGACACCAUGUGGAAACAGAAACAGAGGAGUCUUAUGGAUUCUUCUGCUCCUCUGAUUAUACUGCUAAUGUUGCUAAUGCUGUUGCAACUUCUGGCUGUAAUGGCAAUAGCCAGAGUGGAGAAUUUUACAAGAUCAGACUUCCCAGUUGACUUUAUCUUUGGUGCCGGCAGUUCAGCAUUUCAAGUAGAGGGGGCUGCCCGUGAAGAUGGAAGGACGCCUAGCAUUUGGGAUACCUUCGUUUAUGCCAAUAAGGGGCUUUCUCAUGGAGCCUCCGGAGACAUAGCUUGUGAUCAGUAUCACAAAUACAAGGAAGAUGUUCAACACAUGGUAGACACAGGUCUGGAGGCUUACAGAUUCUCUAUUUCCUGGUCAAGACUUAUUCCUGAUGGAAGAGGCCGUGUCAACCCCAAAGGUUUAGAAUAUUACAACAAUCUUAUUAAUGAACUCCUAAUGCAUGGAAUUCAGCCACAUGUCACGCUUUUUCACUUUGAUACCCCUCAAGUUCUUGAAGAUGAAUAUGGGGGAUGGCUCAGUCGGAAGAUAGUGAACGACUUUACCGCCUAUGCUGAUGUGUGCUUCAAGGAAUUUGGAGACAGGGUUCUGUAUUGGACUACCAUAAAUGAGGGUAAUAUAUUUUCCAUUUGUGGUUAUGAUAAUGGAAUCGGACCCCCAGGGCGCUGCUCUUUUCCAUUUGGACUGAACUGCUCUGAGGGUAAUUCCAUAACUGAGCCAUAUAUUGCUGGUCACAACAUGUUGCUGGCACAUUCAUCUGCUGUGAAGCUAUACUACAAAAAGCAUAAGGCGACUCAACGGGGUUUUGUGGGACUAAACAUCUAUGCUUCUUGGUUUUCUCCAUAUUCUAAUGCUACAGAAGAUAUAAUUGCAACUCAAAGAGCCAUUGAUUUUUACAUUGGUUGGUUUCUCCAUCCAAUGGUGUUUGGAGACUAUCCUGACAUCAUAAAGAAGAAUGCUGGCACAAAGAUUCCAGCACUUACUCCGAGUGAAUCUAGGCUACUUAAGGGCUCAUUUGACUUUAUAGGGCUGAACCAUUAUUCAACACUCUACGUCAAGGACAGUCCUAGCAGCCUUAAUAUGAAUAUCAGGGACAUAGUUGCUGAUAUGGGAUUAAGCGCUCUGGUUGAGCCAGAAGAUGCAUCAGAAAAUCAGAAUGAUGAUACAUCAUCCAGUCUAUCCGGAAUUCUGGAGUAUCUCAGGAAUGUAUAUGCCAAUCCACCUACUUAUGUCCAUGAAAAUGGUAAAGGAACUGAGCGCAAUGGAACACUAAACGACACAUCAAGGGUGAAAUAUAUGUAUUCAUAUAUCAGGACCUUGCUUGAUGCCAUAAAGUAAGCAUGUGCAACAUUGAAUUAGGGUCGCUUCAACUGCGUGUUUACUGCUAUUUGUAUGAGCUAAAUUUUACAUAUUCCCCAUGUUUUGAGAUUUCAAUUUCUUCAUUAACUAUUUCACAAAUUAUUCUGCCAAAAAUUGGUCAUCGAAGCCAUGCAGCAAGGAAUGUUCUGCUCAACUUUUUAGACUAAAUGCAUAAGGUUACUGUAUCACUGAAAUUAUUUCUGAAAUGACUUUUCUCACCAUUUUAAAUGUCGACUUUUCUGACCUCCUCUUUUUUUUUUUGAAUCUUGAAAUGUUGGGAAGAAAUGGAUCAAAUACAAAAGGGUACUUCCUCUGGUCUUUGCUAGAUGGUUUCGAGCCAAUAGGCGGCUAUACAACCAGCUUCGGCCUGUACUACGUUGAUUUGGACGACAAGCAAUUGAAAAGAUACCCAAAGCUCUCAGCACACUGGUACUCCAAUUUCCUCAAGGGAAGAACCAUCAAACCUGAUGAGAUAAAUGAAGUUGUAAAUGAAAUCUUUGUCUCUUCGACAUCGAAAGCCUCUGAUCAGUGAUGACUAGUAAAAUCCUUGCAUCAUUUCUUCUUUUUCUGAUUCUUACUUGCACGACUUCGUCUUCCCACGCCUCCGUCUUCCCACGCCUCAUUGUCUUUGAUCAUUUUGCGCUUAUGGGGUUCUCUGUUCAAGUUAUGCACAAUGUAUUUAGUAACUGUGCACGAACUGCACCAAAGGGUAGUGCUAGGAUCUGUUUUAAGUAUGCCAGUAAAUUCUAUAUGGAUUGGAUCAUUUAUUUUGAAGCAGCUUUAUAUGACAAGGGUUUCAGUUGCACUAAAA